AUGGCUCCCGUUGACCAGACCAAACGCACCUUCAAGCUCAACACCGGCGCCGAAAUCCCCGCCAUCGGCCUCGGCACCUGGCAAUCCCCCCCCAACCAAGUCUACGACGCCGUCCUCUCCGCCCUCAAGAAUGGCUACCGCCACAUCGACACCGCCUUCGCCUACGGCAACGAAACCGAAGUCGGCGCCGCCAUCCGCGACUCCGGCGUUCCCCGCUCCGAGAUCUGGGUCACCACCAAGCUCGACAACCCGUGGCACAAGCGCGUGCCCGAGGCUAUCGACGCGUCGCUGAAGAACUUGGGUCUUGAUUACGUUGAUUUGUACCUCGUGCAUUGGCCGAGCAGUACGGAUCCGGCGGACUUGAAGAAGCAUCUGGAGGGGUGGGAUUUUGUUGAUACGUGGAGGGAGAUGCAGAAGUUGGUGGGGACGGGGAAGGCGAGGAAUAUUGGGGUUUCCAAUUUUGGGAUUAGGAAUUUGGAGAGGUUGUUGAAUGAUGAGUCGUGUAAGAUCGUCCCCGCCGUCAACCAAAUCGAGCUCCAUCCCUGCAAUCCCUCCCCCAAGCUCGUCGCCUACAACACCUCCAAGGGCAUCCAUUCCACGGGCUACUCCUGCCUCGGAAGCACAAACUCCCCCCUCUACACCAACAAGACCCUCCUCGACAUCGCUGCCGCCAAGGGCCGCACGCCCCAGCAGGUCCUCCUCAUGUGGGGGCUUCAGAAGGGCUGGAGCGUCAUCCCCAAGUCCGUGUCUGAGGAUCGCAUCAAGGCUAAUUUCGAGGUCGAUGGCUGGGAGCUGACGGAGGAGGAGAUUAAGAGGCUGGAUGCUAUUCCGGAACGGUUCAAGGUUUGUGGGGAUGCUUGGUUGCCUGUCAAGGUGUUCUUUGGCGAUGAUGAGUAG